AAGAGUAGAGGGUUCGUUUGGACCGAGGAAUGUCAACGGUCUUUUGAGGGGUUAAAAGCAUAUCUCCUCUCCCCACUAGUGCUUUCGAAGCCAGAGCCCGGAGAGACCUUAUUCCUAUACUUAGGAAUCUCUCCUCGAGCUGUGAGCUCGGUGCUUGUGAGGGAGGAGGAGGGCGCACAGCGACCUGUGUACUAUGUGCCCCGAGUGCUGCGAGGGGCGGAGUUGAGAUAUACCAACAUGGAGAAGACCAUCUUUGCGGUGGUGUGUACGGUGAAAAAGCUCACCCCAUAUUUUCAAACCCAUCCGGUCCAUGUGUUAUCACAAAUUCCCAUCGGAACACUUCUUCGAAGCCCAAAUGCCCCGUCACGGGUCAGCAAGUGGGGGGUGUUCCUGGGAUCCUUUCAUAUAGAGUUCAAGCCGCGACCGGCGAUAAAGGGGCAGGCAUUAGCAGAUUUCGUGGUAGAAUGCACUGCGAGAGAGGUAGAAUCUAGUGGAAAAGAACCCGAGGGGAAUUGGUGGACCGUGUACACCGAUGGGUCGUCCGCGACUGAUGCUUCGGGGGGAGGUGUCGUGGCGAUAUCUCCGGAAGGGUUCAAGGAAUACUACUCCGUGAGAUUCCGGUUUAAAGUCUCGAACAAUGAGGCUGAAUAUGAGGCACUGCUUUGCGGCUUGAGGUUGGAAGCCUCAUUAAAAGCUGAGCGAAUCCAAGUCCGGUGCGAUUCCAAGCUAGUGGUAGGCCACGUCAUUGGAGAAUUUGAGGCCAAGGAUGAACGAAUGAAGAAGUAUAGAGACACUGCCCUGGAGUUGCUUAAAGCAUUCGGGGCGUACCGGAUAGAGCAGGAAGAAGAGUUGCUCGAGCCAAGCAUCGGUCUCGGACAAGUGCUGAUCAUCACACUUAAAGAGGAGCCGGAUUGGAUUGAUGAGAUUACCAUGUACAUCCUUGACGGGUUGCUACCUAUCGACCCAAUCGCGGCAAAGGUGGUGAAGCGACGUGCACCCAGCUACACGCUGGAGUGCGGUCGGCUGUAUAAGCGAUCGUACAAUGGUACAUUGUUGAGGUGCUUAAGAGCGGGCGAGACACAAAAGUUAAUGGAGGAAAUCCAUGAGGGAAUAUGUUCAGCACAUCAGGGAGCCUUCACGAUGUCCCGAAAGGUGACCCUACAAGGAUACUUUUGGCCAACGAUUAUCAGAGAUUGCGCAGAGUACGUGCGCAAAUGCAAGGUUUGCCAGGAAUUCCAGAGGAUGCCAGGGCGACCGGCGACGAAUUAUACCCCGAUAAGCACAACGAUUCCUUUUGCCCGGUGGGGCAUCGAUCUGGUCGGUAUUUUGCCUCAGGGGACAGGGAACAACACAUACCUGGUGGUCGCGAUUGACUACUUCACCAAGUGGGUCGAAGCCGCCCCCGUGCCAACCAUCACUGUGGAACAGAUGACGAAGUUCGUUUCCAAGCAAAUCUUGUGCCGAUUUGGGGUGCCCCAGCAGAUCAUCACUGACAACAGAACCCAAUUCGAGGCCGGAGGGUUCAAUGAGUUUCUACAGAGCUGGGGCAUAAAACACAGCUAUGCAGCGGUCGGGUACCCCCAAACCAAUGGGCAGGUUGAGAACACCAAUCGUACCAUCAUGGACGGCCUCAAGAAGAAGAUUAUGGAAUGCAAAAGUGCCUGGGUGGAAAGAGUGCCCUAUAUUUUGUGGACCUACAGAACUACCCCAAGGAAGGCAACAUGUGAAACUCCUUUCUCGCUCACAUAUGGAUUUGAAGCAAGGGCUCCAGCGGAGACCUCGUUGUUAAGUUAUAGAGUAGAGACGUUUGAUGCUCAAGGAAAUGAGGAGAACCUGAGGGCAGAGCUGCACCUCAUUGAUGAGCGAAGGGAAAGGGCAUAUAUGCGGGCAGAAAACUACCGCCGGCAGGUCAAGUCAUAUCACGACCAGCGGGUGCGACCAAGGCAGUUCAAGGUGGGCGACUGGGUCCUUCGGAAGAGGGAGGCAAGCAAAACUCCGAUCACCGGCCGUCCAGGACGACCACCUUUCUUCCCCAACAUGGAACGGGAGUGGUCGCCCCCAGCCUCGGCAAAAACCCACCGCCCUUCUCCUACCAAGGAAGGACGGGGGACGGCUCACUUCUCUGUGAACCCCAACCAGCAUCACCUAGGCGAGGACGGAGAUCCUGAAGCCGCCCGAGCUACUUCAGGUCGCCUAGGGGUCUUCUGGGGAAGUGAACGGCAAGCGGGGCGAGGCCAUACAUUGCAAGGAAUGGAGGGGGCAUGGAGCAUCCCAGUCAAUCCGCCCGUCAGGCAGGCGGUUGGCGGAGAGGGCCUCGUACGCCUCAUUAAAGUCUUCAUACGGGUUUGGAGGUGGUGGCGGCGGUUUCACCGAUGGCCACUGCCGGCGAGGCAACCGGCGACAGAAUUCGUAAGGGUCAAGCCCCCCCAGUCAUUGGAAUUGACUGACUUGGGGGAAGAGGCAGGCUCCGGCGAAGAAGGAGCCGGCCCGUCGGAAAGAUCUAGAGAAACAGGAAUUCCUUUAGACAUGGCAAGAAUGGAGAAAAGGGGGAUAUUUGGUGAUGGAGCAGAGUAGAGGCCAGGGGGACUUAUAAAUAAGCCAGGGCAAAGGAACCGAAGAGGCGGUCAAGUCUCGAGGCAGCCGAACCGAUAAAGCAGCCUUGAGCCG